GAUUCGACCUUGUUUGAUAUUCAUUUGCUCACUCUCAAUUUCAUACUCUCUCCCUCCCGUUCCUCUUCGUCUUCCUGAAUGCCUCACCCGUGUUCAGGUAAAUCGUGGCGAUCUAUGACCGGAGGAGCAGCGAGGGAUUAAUAGACAUGUCAUGGCUAAUAUUCAAGGAAAGAAUAACUCUCAGGGGAUCGUCUAAAAAGAAUAGCCCUUGGCAUGCACGCCAUUCUCACCUGCAUGAAAUUCUCCAAAAUGGCAGUAGUGGUCAAUCAACAUCAUGGUUUUAAGGCAUUCACUCGAUCUCAGAGAUGCAGGCUCCAAUCCUUUACUCACCUGGAGAACACAAUGUUUGAACUCAGCCAAACCAACCUGGCCCACUCCUUAAAGCAAGCAUUUGAAGUCGCUAAUAUUCACAAGAGCUUCUCUACCCCAUGCCUAUCCCUGGCAACUAAUUCGGAAGAAGAUUUUGAUGCUAGUCCAAGGAUUGAGAUUAUCGGUGGCCGUGGGGCCUCUAGUGUACGUGCUCUUGUUGCUGAGGUUGCAAUAGCUAUGGCAUCUGGUGCUGAUCCUGUGCGAGCAUCAACUGGGUUAGGUGGUGCCUACUUCUUGGAUGGUCAGAAGGGUAAUACCAUUGCUGUGGCAAAGCCAGUUGAUGAAGAACCUUUAGCAUUGAAUAAUCCAAAGGGAUUUGUGGGUCGGGCGCUGGGCCAACCUGGCUUGAAGCGCUCAGUUCGGGUGGGUGAAACUGGUGUUCGGGAAUUGGCUGCUUAUCUCCUUGACCAUGGUGGGUUUGCUGGUGUUCCUCCAACAGGAUUGGUCAAAAUCUCUCAUUCUGCAUUCCACAUAAAUAAUGCAGUAGAGAGUUCAACACCCCCUUUUAAGAUUGCCUCAAUCCAGCGAUUUGUAGAUCACGACUUCGAUGCAGGAGAAUUGGGUUCUUCUGGAUUCUCAGUCGCUUCAAUACAUCAGAUUGGGAUUCUUGAUGUAAGACUUCUGAAUCUAGAUCGGCAUGCAGGAAACAUACUUGUUAAAAAACAUGAACGCGAGAACUACGCUGUUGGGGCAGCUGAGCUUGUGCCCAUAGAUCAUGGGCUUUGCCUGCCCGAGUGGCUUGACGAUCCAUAUUUUGAGUGGCUGCAUUGGCCUCAAGCCUCAGUCCCCUUUUCAGAGUCUGAGGCUGAGUACAUAUCUAAUCUUGAUCCAUUCAAGGACGCGGAGCUUCUAAGGUGUGAGCUUCCCUUGCUAGGGGAGUCUUCCGUCCGGGUUCUUGUCCUUUGCACCAUUUUCUUGAAGCAAGCUGUGGCUGCUGGGCUUUGUCUUGCAGAUAUUGGUGAAAUGAUGACCCGAGAAUCUUGCAGUGCAGAACAAAAGUUGAGUGUAUUAGAGAACCUUUGUACUGAGGCUAAGGCUAGUUUGAGAAAUAUAUUCGGUUAUGAUGACGAUGGUGAUGAAAGAGAAGAUGAAAUUGAAGAAGAAAUUGAAAUGUUUCAAUUUGACAGCGAAUGUGAAAAUGGCAAGGAGGUUUUGGACCUUCCUCAACUGUUGAAUAGUCCAACUGGGGCAGCUGCCGCACCUAAAAGUCCAAGGUUUUCGAUACCAAGAUCGAAAAGUCUGGCAUCGGUUACAGCACUAUCUCCAUUGCAAGAGGAAGUUAAUCACAACAGCACUGAUGAGAAUGAUAACGACACCGACACCGACACCACACAAAAUGAUGGUGGCAGCAAUGAAGAUGAGAGCAGAGACGGUCGCAAGGUAGGAGGGUUCAUGAAGAGCAUGAGCUUCUCAGUACAAAAUCGUAACCAUGAAACAGGAGGCAUUUCGUUCGGAGAAAUGAGUGAAGUUGAAUGGAAGCUGUUCCUGGAGUGCUUUGAGAAGCUAUUGCCCCAGGCAUUCGAGGAUACAAAGAACAUGGGCUUGAGGCAAAGAUUGGGAACCUCUUGCAGGUUUUGAGCACAACAUUUUGAAGUGGAAAGAGACUAGAACAUACAUGCGCAAGUUUACUUGUGUCUAGUGUGGAGUAAAAAUGUACAUUAUCGGUCAAAUGACACUGUAGAUUGUAGAUACAAAAAUACUUUAGGCCACAAAAAUGGAAAAGUGAUGGGCAAUUUGCCAUCCAUUCCAUUUUUUUCACCUUUCAAUUCUUCUUCUUCUUUUUCUAUCAUCCUUUUACACUUAGCUUAGAGUUGGGAUUUUUUAGAGCUUUGUAGUAGAUAUUUGUCUCGUGGUACAGGAAAAUUAACAAAGUUGAUGAGAGAGAAACAAGAUCUUUAAGAGUGAGGAGCGAAUCUUGACUUUGUAAUAGAAAGGCCGCUUGAA